CUUUCCACACCAUUUAUGCCAAACUACAUAUCCAUAGCCUCACUAUGAAGGCAGGGAAUGCUUUGCUGUUGCGUUUCUAUGGCCUGUGUUUAACACUGACCUGCUUUGGCCACGGAAAGCGGGUGCAGCAUCCUGAACCACAACCAGUGGAUUGUCUCUACAGCAGUUGGUCGGCCUGGACUCUGUGUGAUCCAUGCACCAAUGAGAGGCAACGUUCCCGAGGCAUUGAAGAAUUUGGGCAGUUUAGGGGCCAGCCGUGCAGAGAGUCGCUGAGUGAGAGCGCGGAGUGCAUCACGGAAGUCACAUGCGCACCAACGGCAACCACCGGCUGCCCUGCUGCACACUUUCAGUGUGGCUCAGGCGCUUGUAUAAAACAGAGACUGGUAUGCAAUCAUGACUUUGACUGUGAGGAUCAAAUCGACGAGGAUGCUUGUGACAGAAUGUCCCGGAAACCUUGCAGUACAAGGACAGAGGAGACCCCCGGCGACGGUUGGAGGGCUGCAAUGGGACAGGGAAUCAACAUCUUGGGUUCAACACCUCCGAAGACGGUCUUCUACAAUGGCUACUUUGGUGGAGUCUGUCAGAUAGCAUCGGGUAUCCGACUUCCCUGGAAUGUUGCAGGGUUUAACUUGGAGACUCAUUCAGAUAAAAAAGUUACAAGCGAUAUCUAUGAAAGCAGCCACCAACUUGUUCUUGAACUUCUGUCUGGAACUGCUUACCACGGUGGACUGAGUAUCAGAUCCAACCCUCUCUUGGAGACGUCCAGUAGAAAUGAGACACUCGCUCUUGAGAGCAAGAAGUUUGUGCGGUUUGACGGCAAAUUGCAGUGGGCCACCUACAGACUGAGACCCCGUGAUCUCAGAGUGGCCGACGGUUUCACUAAGGACGUGAAGUCUCUGCCCGUCGAGUAUGACAAGGGCUCCUAUUUCAACUUCAUCGAAGACUACGGAACGCAUUACACUCGCAGCGGAAAGCUUGGAGGGGAGUACAAUCUAAUCUACGUUCUCAACGUCAACGAAAUCAUGCAGAGAAAUUUGACAGAUGCAGCCCUUCUAGAAUGUCUCAAAGACUUUGGCUUCAACCUUGGAGUUGGUGCAACAGGAAAUGCUAAGACCAGUUCUUGUAAUUUCUUCAACAAAGUUGAGGGGAAUGCUGUGGUGGUUAAAGUGCUCAUCUCAGUCAAAGGAGGCGAUCCGGAGAUUGUUUCAGCCAUGAAAGCCAGAAUUAGCAGGGACGGACAGAUGAGCGCCGCGACCUACCAAAACUGGGCGAGGUCUAUUGCAAAUCACCCUAGUCUGCUCUACAGUGAGCGAGAGCCGAUCUAUAAUGUAUUUCCCCUGGGUUUGCCGGAGGCUAACACCAAGAUAUCCAACAUGAAGGCUGCGCUGGCAGACUAUGUGGCAGAGUACAGCAUGUGCAAGUGUAGACCGUGCCACAACAAUGGUACACUUGUCCUGAUAGAUGGCCUUUGUAGUUGUUUUUGCAUACUUGGUUAUGAAGGCUUGGCCUGCCAGAACCAUGAAGCCGAUAAAAAGCCCAGGAAGGAGCCGCGCCCAAGUGUGCCACGCCCCAGUGUUCGCCCCCCCAGUGUGCAGCGACCCAGUGUGCCAUGUCCCAGUGUUCGGCCCCCAAGUGUGCCCAGCCCCACUGUGCUACAUGAGGCUAACUGGGCGUGUUGGUCGGGCUGGUCAACCUGCAGCGGUGGGGAACGAAGUAGAAGCCGAGCGUGUAACGUGGAGGGUCUGCCACCUGGAGGCGUCUGCAGUGGACCGGACGCUGAGACUGAUUGGUGUUGAGAGCUAUAACGCAAAGGGUCAAGCUUAAUAUUUGCGAUCUAUUAUCGGUACUUGGUGCCCUACGCGUAUAGGGAGCGGCGGGCCUGCUGGCCAGUGUUCGAGAGGUGCUUCAUGAAUCCCCACAGUGUAAGCUUGUUGGCCUUAUGUCUCUGAUUAAACCACGUGUUGAAAAUGCACCACUCUCCGAGUAAUACCUAGCCAGACAACAGUAACAAAGAUUACAAUUGAUGAAACUUCAGUUAGUAAACUGCAGCCUCCGUCAUUCCAGGAACAUACGGUUGACUCCCAGAGCGCCACAGCCAGUGACCUCUAGACAUGGAGAGUUCACAACGGCGUUAUAACACCCUGUGAUGUCACUCUCACAUUCCCUUUUGUAAAGAAAUUACAAUACCAAGAUUUAGCCUUAUUCUUGUUUGAUGCGAUUUGACCUCUUAUUUACAGAAUGUUUGCAAAAACUUAAUUCAGUGAUGACCACCGGACGUGUGGUGAUAUGAUGCAUAACGGUACCUAUGCCCUCAAAGUUCCAGCGACCUCAGUGAUCUUGCAAAUGGGUUUUCCAGAGCAAAAGAGCGAUUCCGAACUAAGAUCAGAUCAUGUAAUCCAAUUUUACAUUUGAUCUGGAUCAAACCUUCCUUUUGGGUUUUUCAGAACUUUGUACUCAGUUUGGGAUCUAUUUGAUCCAAAAAACAGGAUUAUACUGAUGCCAUCGGAAGGGUGGAUUCAGUUGGUGUUGGUUAUCCUGAAAUUUGGUAUUUGGAUCACAGCGAUCCAAUCCAAUGUUCUGGCAUAAAAGUAAGAUGGAUCAGGUGAUCAUGGAUAGCAAAACAUGGGAAAACAUCCAGAUUUUAUUUAUUUUUUUAAACUGGGCCCUGGAGCUACUGCAUCAGGAGAAAUGUGCUAUUGUUGAAUAAUACUAAUACAAUUAAGCUGUAAAUUGUCCAUAGUUUGGCAAAAUGUAAUAUGAUGUAGUCGAACCUGCAGACAAAAUAAUCCAGAAGUGUUAAAUUGAAUUAAAUAUGGCCAUUUUAUGAAAUGUAUCUGAUAUAUGAGGCAAAUAAGCACGAUUGGUUUGCUUCAGAAUAUUUUAAUUGGUAAUUGAAUAGCCAUGGGUGAGUUUUGUCCUCGACCUGAACGACGAAACAACGAUUCAUUCAUUGGUGAUUCCCUUCCCUGAAAUACAACACAAGGUGUAUAGAUGUUGGGAUGGGUGUGAAUAUUCGUUCUUAAGGCAGAUAUUCUAAUCAGUAUUAGGAAAUUAUUUUUGUUUUUAGGAAAAAUAAUGAAUGCAAAAUGUUAAGUUUUUUUUAACAACCAUGCAUAUUUGGAGAACUACAGGCAGAAGGCUAGAUAACACGUUGUCCAAAUAUCCCAGUUAUAAAAUAUAGAGGGCGGUUCAGUGGAGGGGUCGGCAGCCAUCAUCAGCCAAACAUGAGAUUAAUCAUCAUUCCUUAGUUUUGGAUAUUCAAACAUAAUUUGAAUAUCCCGGUAGCACUUUGACAGUUUGACUCAGACUGAUGAGUGUGUCCGAAAGCCACCGACUUUGAUAUUCUUGUUUUGCGUGAUAAAAAGAACACAUUACCAACCACUUUAGAAAACGAUCCUAGAAAUGAUGCAUUCAGGCCAACCCUAAUUCGAGCCCUACUAAGAUCUGCAUUCUGAAUAAAGACUUGUACUGGUUAAACAUAGGCGAUUUAUAAAUGCAAUGCGUUUAAAUGCGUUUACUCAGAGCAAAAUACUAGUGUGCUUCAGCAUGUAGUAAAGCCCAAUUUCCAGUCUUUUUUCACAUAUGUACUUUCAGUCCAAACCCCACACAAUACAAUUUCUCUCAAAGCCUCUUUCAAUCAUGUACUACAUUAUGUAUCAUGUAUAGCUACAUUCAAAUAAAUAAGUGUGCUGUGCAAGAAUGCAGUAAAAACAUAUAUUACGAAAAUAUUUUCAUUUCAAUCAUUGUAA